ACCCCUGCUGUAGGCUGAGCUAGAGAAAGGGUCAAGCUUUUAAAAGGAAUAACUUCAGUGCAUGACAAAGAGAAGACUAACAAACAAAUGAAAUGAACGCAGCAGCCUCCAAAGUGACCAUAGCCUGUUCAGUCAGCACCUGUCUGAAACUCUGUCGACAGAUUCAAAGUUAAAUAUUUAUUUAUUGUUCUACAAGGUGUUUCUUUCAAUUACUCCACAUUUCCCUGUCUCUUUAUAAAGUGCGCUUCUACUGUAGGCUGUUAUGACUACACAGAUCACGUGUGUUGUCCGCUUCAGUGUUUGGAUAAAUAAAGUAGAGUUAAGUAAAUGCAAAGCUGGCGAGUUAAAGCGUCGGACCGAAGUCCACAUUAGAUCAUUUUAUUUGUGAAAUCGAACUCAAACAAACACGGAGAGAAACUAAUCCACCGUCUUCUUCUUACCUUCCUGCCUGCAGUCUAAAACCAGGAUCAACUUCUGGACCAGCUGAACUUUCCCUUGAUAUCCCGGAAAACUGCAGAAAAUAAAACACGCUGUAAAAUUAUUCUACUGACGUCUAGCGUCUGUACAGGGAACUGCUUUAACAGCAACUGCUCUCUUACUGUGUUUGAAACGAAGAAAAACACUGAAAUAUCUUUCACAGUGACUAUUUGUGGAUCAUGAAAGAGUAACUGAACAGGCUGAUGUGCCACUCUUCAUUAAUGAUUGAUAAAGGUAUUGAUCAGCUAUGUUUUAGGGAUUAGGCCUCUGUUUGAGUAAGGGCUCAGUGUCCGCAUAAAGGUGGAUGUGUCCAAGUCUCUCUUCAUGUUUUCGACGUUUUUCUGCCUGGGUUUUUUUACUCUAUGUUGAACUGUUUUAUCGGUUGUUUUAACUUUUAGUAUCCGACAUCGUCAGGAAAAGAAAACUCAAGAUUUUAUUCCAGUUUUAUAAAUCUGCCUCUGUCGUCUACAAACAAUGAAGCUGUUGCUGCUGUGUGCUCUCCUGACAGUCGGACUGACCUCUGGCUACCGCAGUCCCCUCAAUGACUUCCAGCGCUCUGAGGGCCGAGAGCUGGUCCCCACUUCCUGGAACUCAGCUCGAGUCCUGCUCUUACCUGGUCUGGACCUGGAGGACUGCGCCACACGCUGCUCACAGUCUCUGGACUGCAGAGCAUUCAACUACGAGACCCGUCCGAUUGUCACCUGUAAACACCUGCCCUGGGUGAGAGACGGAAGCAAUGCAGAGGUGAAGAGAAACGUGAAUUGUGACCUUUAUGAGAAGAAGGUCUAUGUCAGGAAGUGCAUUGUGGGUAAAGGAGAAUACUACAGAGGGAAGGUGUUCACCACAAGAAGCGGACUCACAUGCCAGCAGUGGUGGUCCAAGUUUCCGCACGAUCACAGGUGGACUCCCACAGCUGCUAAUGGUCUGGAGUUAAAUUACUGCAGGAAUCCAGACGGGGAUCGAAUCGGUCCAUGGUGCUACACAACAGACCCUGAGAGACGAUAUGAGAGCUGCAACAUCCCACAGUGCAGAGAUGAGGUGUGUAUCACAUGUAAUGGGGAGGACUACAGAGGGCAGGUGGACCACACGGUUAGCGGCAAAGAGUGUCAGAGAUGGGACCAGCAGUACCCGCACCAACACAUCUACCAGCCUGAGAAAUAUCCUGAUAAGAGUUUGGAUGAUAACUACUGUCGUAACCCUGACGCCUCUCCGGUGCCGUGGUGCUACACCACAGACAGGGAGGUGGAAAGAGAGAACUGUGAGAUCAGCAAGUGCACUGAGGUGCAGGUUGAGAAGCGUCAGCGCUCCAGCUUCACCACCAACUGUUUCCGGGGUCGUGGGGAGGAUUAUCGAGGCAAAGUCAACGAGACUACCUCAGGUAUCCCCUGUCAGCGGUGGGGUGCACAGUACCCCCACGAGCACCCCUUCUACCCCAACACAUACGAAUGCAAAGGUUUGGAGGAGAACUACUGUCGUAACCCAGAUGGGUCGGAGGCUCCCUGGUGCUUCACAUCUGUGCCUGAGAUGAGGACGGCUCUGUGCUUACAGAUCAAACGCUGUGCAGAUGACAUUGAGGCUGAGGAUUGCUACCAUGAAAAUGGGAAAAACUACAGAGGCAUGGUCCGCAAAACUCGUAAGGGCAUCACCUGCCAGAAGUGGAAUAUAAAUACACCUCACCAGACCCGGAUUAACCCACUGACUCACCCUGAGGCCAAUCUGACUGAGAACUACUGUCGUAACCCAGAUGGGGACCAGCAUGGACCCUGGUGCUACACCACUGACCCCAAAACUGAGUUUGACUACUGUGCCAUCAAACAGUGUGCUGGAGAGAGAGUGUCCAUGACUGAACCUGUAGAGGAGGGGGAGUUCAGUGGGUGCGGCAAGCGAGAUGACCGCGUUCCCAGGACAAGGAUGCGCAUCGUGAACGGGAUUCCAGGGAACUCUCCAUGGACAGUGAGUCUCAGAGACAGGAAAGGAAACCAUUUCUGUGGAGGAUCCCUGGUGAACCCCAGAUGGGUGAUCAGCACCAAGCAGUGUUUCUCCUCCUGCUACGUGGACCUCCCUGGCUACACGGCCAUGAUGGGAACACUGUUCCGAGAUCCCAGUGAAGGCGAGCCUGGUGUGCAAACCAUCCCUCUCACCAAGAUCGUCUGUGGACCCUCGGAGUCUCAGCUGGUCAUGCUGCAACUUGAAUUCCCGGCCCAGUUUAAUGAGCGUAUCUCUCAGAUCUGCCUCCCUCCUGAGCGCUACAUUGUACCCGAGGGGACGUCCUGUGAGAUUGCAGGAUGGGGCGAGACCAGAGGGACUGGAGAUGAGACUGUCCUCAAUGUGGCCCACAUACCUGUCCUCAGCAACAGGGAAUGCAACAAAUACUUCAGAGGUCGAGUUCGAGAGAAUGAAAUGUGUACAAACUCCUUCCAGGGUGGAGUGGGCGCAUGUGAGAGAGACUACGGCGGCCCUCUGGCCUGUCAGAACAGAGAAUGCUGGGUACUCGAGGGUGUGAUCAUCCCCAUGAGGCGCUGCGGACACCCGGGGCAGCCCAACAUCUUCAUCCGUGUGUCUUUCUAUGUGGACUGGAUCAAGAAGGUCAUGGAGAUGGCUUAGAGAAAGUUUCUGCCAUCGAUCAGGGACUGAUCAAAUACAACGUUGAAGCCCUCAAAACCAAAUAUUCACAAAAUGAUGUACAUUUUUAUCUCCUCUGAUGUCUGUCUCUUUUGCAUUAAAAAUAUUAAGAAUACAA